AUGAACAAAAAAGUUUUGACCUUUCCAUCUGAAAAGGUAGGCCUCUCCUCAGACAAUGUAGAGUUUGAUCUUGUAAUGUCUCGAGGAGAUUAUUUGUCGAAAAACAAAGCCCAGAGAUAUAUGGUCAUAGAUAUGCUGGGAACUGGAACUUUUGGACAGGUUGUUAGGUGCGUAGGACCUGAAGGUGAAGAAGUUGCUAUCAAGGUGGUCAAAAAUCAGCCGAAAUACUACAACUACGAAAUGAACGAGGUCCGAAUUCUCCACAAACUGCUUUAUAAUAACCUAAACGAUAGAUUUGUUUCGAUUAAGGAUGUCUUCAUGUAUAAACAACAUUUGUGUAUUGUAGAGGAGUUACUUGGCAAAAACCUAUAUACAUUUUUAAAAAUGACAAGAUUCAAGGGCUUUGACCAUAUCACCCUUAGAACUAUACUUCAGCAAGUACUUGAAGGGAUGAUCCAGCUCUCAAUGCUAGGGAUCAUUCAUUGUGACUUGAAGCCAGAAAACAUCCUCAUAGCCGAUUACGAAACCUUCAAGAUAAAGAUUAUCGAUUUUGGAUCUGCAGUAACCUCCCCCCAAGGAUCGCACUUCUAUGUCCAAUCAAGAUAUUACCGGGCUCCUGAAGUGAUUCUUGGGAUUCCAUAUGGAUCAAGCUGCGAUAUAUGGUCCCUAGGUUGCAUAGGAUAUGAACUGUAUGUUGGACAUCCAUUGUUUCCAGGAAAAGAUAACAUGGACCAAAUGGGAAGAAUCUAUGGUCUUUUUGGCUCCUUACCUAUGUUUAUGAUAGAGCAUGGGAAAAAUUCAAACAUCUUUUUUGAAAAGGAAAACGGAUACAGAUUUAUAGGGCCAGCAUCUAACUUUACACUAGAAGACAUGAAGAAGAUUAUCAGGUCAAAAUGUAACUCCCAAGACGACGAUGAUAUGCUUAUAGAGUUUCUGCUAAAGGCACUUCAACCCAGCCAUCUUAUAAGGCCAGACGCCAGGUCAUUAGCAAAUCAUUCUUAUCUCAAGCUCAAGGAUGUGUCUCCAGAACUUAAUAAGAUUCAUGACAGCCGAAAUGGAGUACAACAGAGUAUUCUCCCCGCAAGUAAGAACAUGAGACAUAUGUCUACCACGGGAAUAAUCCUUCCUAGUAAAAAGCAGAAAUCUACAAAUGACAGAAGAAAAAUAUCUGUUUACGGAAUUUCAUAUGAAAACAAUUUAAACAGAGAUGCAGAAUGA